AUGAUCGUCGAUGCCGAGAACCGCGUGCGGCUGCUGCAAUCAUGCAAGGGUGGGCGAGCGCUCCUGCUGGGGAGGCAGGUUCAUCUCGCGCUGCUCAAGUCCGGCCUCGUGUCGUCUCUCUACUGGGGCAACUGCCUGCUCCAGAUGUAUGGUCGGUGCGGCGACGACGACCACACCGACGCGCAUCGCCUGUUCGAGGAGAUGCCUCUGAGGAACUGCUUCUCGUGGAACUCUCUGAUCGAUGCCAACCUGAAAUCGGGGAGGACGGAGGUUUCGGUGGAUCUUUUCGAUCGUAUGCCCCAGAAGAACUCUUUCUCAUGGAAUUCGGUGAUCGCCGGGCUCACAAAGAACGGCGACAUGACGAUUGCGCGGCGGGUGUUUGAAGAAAUGCCCAUUAAAGAAGCCGUGGCUUGCAACUGCAUGAUGCAUGGGUAUGUCCGCUCUGGCUGCCCACGAGAAGCUCUGAGAUUGUACAAACUGCUGAAUACCAAAGUCGACUCUUCAUCGCCAUGGAAGGACAGCUAUGUACUGGCGACUGCCCUCUGUGCCUGCGCCCAUCAACUGGCUUACAACAGCGGCAGGCAGAUCCAUGCACAUAUUCUUGUGGGCAAAGUGGAGUUCGAUUCGGCUCUGGGCAGUGCUCUGGUCGACAUGUACGGCAAAUGUGGAGAUUUGGAUCAUGCCCUCAGCGCCUUGAAAGCUAUGCCCGAGCCCGAUGAAUUCUCUCUGUCGUCACUUCUCCUGGGCUACGCAGACCAGGGAAGACUUGCAGAUGCCAGAAGACUCUUCUUCCAUAUGAGUGACAACCCUAGCGUCAUCCUGUGGAACUCUUUGUUGACGGCGUACGUUUCCAAUGGCCGUGGCGUAGAGGCUCUCGAGCUUUUCAGGAUGAUGGUGAGGGAUGGAGUCGCCGGCGACUCAUCCUCGCUGACAACUGUUCUGAGCGCAUGUGCCAGCUUGGGUAACAUCCAAGGUGGGAGACUGAUCCAUAGUCGAGCAUUCCGAGCAGGGCAUCUAGAAGAUGUCGCCGUUGGAACUGCCCUCGUCGAUCUGUACUCCAAGAAUGGUUCAUUCGAUGACGCUUGCAGAGUCUUCGACGAGGUCAAACAGCACGACACAAUAUUGCUCAACUCUAUGAUCACUGCGUACUCCAACUGUGGAAGAGUCCAAGAGGCGAGGAAGCUGUUUGAUACAAUGCCCAGUAGGAGCUUGAUCUCAUGGAAUUCGAUGCUUGUGGGGUAUAGCAAGAAUGGUUUCGCCGCCGAUUCACUGGAGCUUUUCUCAGAAAUGCACAGCCGGGGUUUGAAGCCAGACAGAGUGACCUUCGCCAGUGCGGUUAGCGCUUGUGCAAGCCUUUCUUCUCUCAGGUUCGGAGAGCAGGUCUUCGCUCUUGCGACAACCCUCGGACUCCAAUCCGAUGAAAUCAUCUCCACCUCGCUGGUCGAUCUCUACUGCAAAUGCGGCAAUGUCAGAGAAGGGCGAAUCCUCUUCGAGAGCAUCGCGAAAUCCGAUGAAGCCCUAUGGAACUCGAUGCUGAUGGGAUACGCCGCAAACGGCUGCGGAUCGGAAGUCUUGAAACUCUUCGAAUCCAUGAGAGAAGCAAACGCGUGCCCUAACGAAGUCACCUUCGUGGCUGUUCUGUCCGGUUGCUGCCACUGCGGACUCGUCGACGAAGGACGGAGGCUGUUCCACGCAAUGCAGAAGGAUUUCAAAAUCGUUCCGACAUCUGAGCACUACUCGUGCGUUGUCGAUCUGCUGGUGCGCGCGGGGAGGCUCGGGGAAGCCCUGGAGUUCAUCGACGCGAUGCCCUUCGAGGCCGAUGCCAGUAUGUGGACAUCUCUGCUGAGGGGUUGCCAAGCCCAGAACGACGACUCCCUCGGGGCCAAGGUUGCAGAGAGGCUAAUGGCGCUCGACCCCCGGCAACCAGGCGUCUACGUGCAGCUCUCCACCAUCUUCGCCGGCCGCGGGAUGUGGGAGAGCUCUGUCCACGUUCGGCGGCAAUUGCAGAAGAGACAGAUCAACAAGAACCCUGGUUGCAGUUGGCUGGAUUAUUAA